AUGAGCACCUUGAACAACGUUGAUUCUGUUGCCAACGCCAAGCAGGGCUCCUUCAAGCCCUCCAUUGCCCCCGACGCUCCUCAGACCACUAAGGGUCACAAGCCCGGUGUGAAGGUCAACGAAGCCGACCAGCGCCCCGAAUUCCAUAUGGAGACACACCCUCCGGGGACCGCCCCCGCCAGCAACUCCUACACACCCAAUGCCGACGAAACUGGUAGUCAAGCCAACAACCCCAACGUCCUCGGUAGCCAAGACAAAGAGGCUACCUACACUUCUGCUGGAGACACUUUGAUGGGCGCGACUUCCCAAGAUGUGCACACCGGCCUCGGCAAGCCUCUGCAGGGCCAAACAAAUGUCGAGUUAGCCCACGAUGGAGCCCACGGCCGAAAGAAGCAGACAUCGGGUCUCGAGGGCGUGGGUGCUUCUUCGGGCGGUCGAGGCAUCGAACGCCAGUUCCCCGACCAGCGUGCCUUGGAGAAGGAAGAAGGAGCUGCUGCCGGUACUCGCGGCAACAAGGCCGACCGUGCUGCCGAGAAUAUGAACCCAGAGCCCGCCGAGACCAUGGAUCGGGAGUGGAAGUACGAGCCUACCACCAAGCGUAACUAA